GAGGUUGGACUCGAUGAUCUGCUCAGGUCCCUCCGACCCUACAGCUACAUCUAUGACCGCCCCCCGUGUUAGGUGUAAACCGCCAGCCUGCCCGGCGCUGUGUAUGAGUAGGUGGAAAAGUAUCCCUUGAAAGCCCGUUUGUGGAGGCCCAGGCACUUCAGCUUGCAGGCAAUGCACAAAGCCUAGGCCCAGGCCGUGCCCCCGCUGCAGAGGAAGGCAAAGCCCUCCAGUCUGGACCAGUUUAAGCAGGGGGGAAAUCCCUCCCUGCCCCAAUUCAGCGCAGGGCUGAGCCUGAGCGCAGGGGCAAGACCCUCCAGCCAGGACCCUGCGGGGUCGGUGCAGCAGGAGCAUUGGCCCAGCCCAGCCCCAGCCCCAGCCUGGGCUGCAGCAGCACCAGCGCCGCUGGGGGAGGCUUCAAACCCCCUGACACAUGGAGCAGCAAGUCAGUAUUUUCAGAUGUGGCCCCACUUCCAUGUGCUCAGGGAGGGCUGGGUCUGACGGGAAGGGGCUGCAGGGGGAAGAAGGGCGGGGCAGAGGGCAAGGGUCCACCCAGACCCCAGAUUUAUUGCCCUGCUGCAGCAGGGACCAUUUUAAAGCAAACCUCCAAUAAGUCGAUUCUGUGCCCGGAGAACGAUAACAAACUGAUAGGUGUCCUGUAUAGACCGGAGCUGUGGGGGGGGUUGUCUUUUAUUUGGGGCAUCUUAUACUCAAGCAAGUACAGUAAUUUCAUGUAAUUUCACCCAGCUCCAAGCAGGAUGGGACCCCACGGCCUCCUCUCCAGGCCUCUGCCCCUGCCUCAACCCCUGCCCCAAGGGGCGAGGGAAGCAAGCCGCAUGUGGCCCAGCGAUGCUGCGGCAGAUGGGGCAGCCUGGCGCAGCCCCGAGGGCCCGGGCCAUCUGGCUGCGAGCACGUGGCCGCGGCGGGGAGCCCAGCAGAGCUGCGCGGGGGCUGCGGAGACGCCCGGCCCGUUGCAAGACAGCGCAGCAGGGCACGGGUCACCUCCGCCUGCUCCCGGCUGGGUGGGCAGGUGCCCUCGGGGCUCCUUCCGGGUGCUGCCCCCACCUUGGCCCUCGCCCGCUGGCACGUGGGGCAUGAGCGGAGCUGCCGGGUCCUGAACCAAAUGCCAUGGGGAGCGGCACAGAGCGAGAGCCAGAGCGGGCUGUAACAGCUCCUGCCCUAGCCCUCCGGCGCCUAUAGCAUAACACCCAUGUCUAUAUGGGCUCCCACGCUCGCGGGAUCCCCUUCACCCCCUCCCUGCCAGCACCCUUCUAGCCACUGCCAUCUGCCGGCCCCAACACUGCCGUGGCCGGGGGCUUCAGGCUGAGCGCGUCCACGUGCUCCCGCAGCGCGUCCCAUUCACCGUCAGCCAGGCGCGCGAGGCCAUGCUGCAGAUCGCCGAGUGGCGCUUCCUGGCGCGGGACGAGGGCGAGGCUGGCCUGGCCGAGGACGCCACGUGGCAGGAGGAUGAGGAGCCGGUGGCUUGCAUCACCGACUCCUGGGCCCAGGGCUCUGUCCCCAUCGUGCGCCGCAGCCUGACCCCGCUCCCGGAGCAGAGAGAGGUACGGGGGCUCCUGGCAAGGGAAAGCAGCUUCCCCGGCCCCCCCUGCCCCAGGCCGGGCACUGCUUGGGGUCCAUCGCAGCAGGGCUGGGCCUGUGGGUGCCUCCUUCCCCGGCCGGAGGAGCUCAGCAGCUUGUGGCCCCCCCAGGCCUCCAGGGCUCUGCUGGACGGGGUCACGCCCAAGGCCCGGGCUCCAGAGAAGCUGGCGCCGCACGUGGCAGGUGUGGAGAGGAUCCUGGAGCCCGGCAGCCUGGUGCAGUGUGAGCCCAGCGUCCUCCUGGACGCCAUCAAACUGGCGCCCGGCGUGACCAUCCGGGACAGCCGCAGCGUGAAACGCGGGCACCUGCAGAGCACGUCGCAGGGGCAGGACCUCACCGCUGCCCCUGCCCCCAGAGCGGCCCCGAGGGCGCUGAGGCCCAUCUGGCCUGCGAUGCCCUUCCCCGCCGUGGCUGUGAAGCAGCUGCUCCGGGACCACGUGCCCCGGAUCCAGCCCACGAUUCUUCCACCAUCCAUCAUGCUGACGGGGCCAGAGGGCUUGUGAGUGGGGCAGGGCCAAGCCCCCCCUCCAUUGCAUGGCCCGAGCUCUGGCUGCUGGACUGCAGGUCGCGCGUGGUGUCCUCCUUCGCAAGCCCGUGCAGCCGGGACCCCAGCAUGGGGCUCCCUGCCAGACCGAGCCGCAGCAAUAAACCUCCUGUGUG